AUGUUCAGACUAGUGAAUUUAUUCUUUGUCGUUGCUUUAGUAGCUCACUUUGCAUCCGCAGGGGAGCCAACAGGAGAGCUGGCAAAAUUGGGCAAAGUUUUACAUAUCGCUUGUAGUAGUAAAGUUGAUAUUUCUGAAGAAGAAAUUGGAAAAUUGAGGGUAGGGGUAUUCACCAAUGACGAUAAAUCCAAGAAUUACCUGUUAUGCCUCUACAAAAGUAUUAACAUUCUUAAAGACGAUGGGGACUUGGAUGUAGACACAAUUAAAGAGAUAGCUCCAGCAGCAUUAAAACCUACCGCAGUAGGAGUCCUCAAGGGAUGCUUUGAUAAACAAAAGGCAUCAUCUUAUUUUGUAAGAGACCUGGAAUUUCUACCUCGGAAUGAUUUUUACGCUGACGAUACUGGUAACAUUUCUCCAACAGGAGAGAGAGCAAAAUUAGCCAAAGUUUUACAUGACGCAUGUAGCAGGAGAGUUGGUAUAUCUGAAAAAGAAAUUGGAAAGCUGAAGGCAGGAGUAUUCACCGAUGAUGAUAAAUCCAAGCUACAAGUAGAUGGGGACUUGGGUUAUGACAUAAUUGAAGAUGUAGGUCCACCAGCAUUAAAACCUACAGCACGAGGAGUAUUCAAGGGAUGCUUUGAAAAGCAGAAGGAAUAUUUUUGUUAUGGUUUGGAAAUGCCGUUGUCGGAUACAUCCAGUACUCGUGAACCCAGCGAAUUUAAACCAGAUUCUGGCUCUAACUUCCAUCCACCAUCUGAUAAUGAGUCUUAUACAACUAGGGAAAGCUUCAAAGAAGAUGGAUUUGUGGAACCUGGAUCAAGUAGAGAUUCCGACUUGGCCCAAAAGUUAUAUAAUACGCUAAAAUGUGUCUUCGCUACGACUCCUAUGCACUAAAUUGUUUGGUAAGAUACCUGGAAUCCCUACCUCGGAAUGA